AGAUGGCAACAGUGUAAUUGAUAUUUGGCGGGAGAGAAUAAUUUAUUUUCUGCGUGUUUAUGUCACGAUGACAGAAAUGGUGCCAAAAUUAAAUAUUAUUGCUGCUGCCUGUAAAAAUAUGGGCAUUGGAUGCGACGGUCGUCUUCCCUGGAGUUUAAAAAAAGAAAUGGCAUUUUUUACGAGAAUUACAUCUGAAACAAAUAAUCCUGAAAAAAGGAAUGCAGUAAUUAUGGGAAGAAAAACAUGGUUUUCUAUUCCUGAGAAGUUUAGACCACUCCGUAACAGAAUUAAUAUUGUAUUAAGUACCACUCUGAUAGUAUUACCUGGAGCUGAUUACCUAGUACGAUCUUUAACAGAUGCAAUUCAUCUUUUAUCUUCAGAAUUAAAGGAUAAAGUGGAAAACUGUUAUGUUAUUGGGGGAGAAACCCUGUACAAAGAAACAGUCUCUUCUGAUUACUGUGGUAAGAUUUAUCUGACAAGAAUCAAUGCUGACUUUAAAUGUGAUACAUUUUUUCCAGAAAUAGAUAAAAAUGUUUAUAAGCUUGUAAGUGAUCCAUCAGUGCCUGAAGAAGAACAAGAAGAAAAAGGAAUCAAAUAUAAUUUUGAAGUAUAUGAAAAAAAAUAAUUGUUUGAAAUGUAUAUAAAAUAAUGUAAGUUUUCAAAAAGUUUUAUUCUUAAAAUACCUGUAAAUUGAAUGUUAUAUUUGAAAUUCAGUUCAUGCAAUUUUUAAAAAACGUUGAUUUAUUUAAAACUUGGCAUUACAUGUUUAUAAAGUGGAAUAUCAUUUAUAGAUUUCUCAAGGGACUGGCCCAAAAACUUGCAGGAUUUAAAUUUAUGUCAAAAUGCAACACAAGUUGCGGAGCUAAUAAUUUUUAUGAAAAACUCAUAGUAUUACAGCUUUUACUGAGUUUUGUUUUUACUGUUUAUUUUUUAUAUUUCUAUUAUUUUUUGUAACAAUUUUUAUUGCACUUUUUUUCAAGUCUCAGUGGUUAAGUAGACAUAAUUCCAAACUGAUUUUUAUUUAUUCAAGAAUCAAAUGCUACUUGUAACAAGUGAUCUGAAACCAUCUAUAAUUUUUUUUUAAUUUUAUAAUUUUCAUUUAGAACCAUUAACUAUUGCUAAAAUUGUUAAGAAAUG